AAAUACCAACUUGAACUAAGCAGUAUAGCAAUAAGUCGUAAUUGCAUCGUUAUUGACUGAAACUAACAGUUUUACCGAUCGACGUUGCGAGACAAAAUCGCUUUGAUUUUUGUUCCAGCCAGGCAAAAUGAAACACUGAAUAAAUCAUGAUACGAGGGCAUGUUACACCUUGCAGUUCUGUACGACACUCAUGAUUAAGCUACUAAGUUAAGGUAGACUUUUCUAUCUUUGUAAAACAUUACUUGAAAAUAACUGUCGCAAUCGCUCUAUUUUGAUGGGGUUGUAUUGCCCUUAAUCAAUACAAUGUCGACUUAUCCUUAAAGACCAUCAACGCAGGUAAUAAUGUCUUCCAGAUCAUCAUCGUCGUCAUCGUCCCCCUUUAUUUCAUCUACGGUUUCGACAUCCAACUUGACAUGCGUCAAUACGAUAGACACCGUUAUCCCUGACGAGGAUUGUGAAUUCUUGACCACAGCUGCCUUAGUCUUCGUCAUUGUCAGCAUAGUCGUCAUCAUCUUCGGAAUCGUCAUCAACAGUUGGCUUCUCUUCAUCCUCCUCUCCAAACAUCGCAAGAACAGGACGGUGCCCGACAUCCUUAUCGUAAACAUGUCCGUCCUGGCCGUACUCAUGUUCGUCGUUGUCGCGGGAAGUAACGCCAUUCUUUUUUCCCAAGUGGCUUUUCAAGUCAAGUUUACUAGCAACGUGAAGCUAGACAAAGCUAUUUUGUAUUUCCAAGUGUUUAUUUCCAUCGCUUCAUUUGCUACUCUGGUUGUCCUCGCUUUGGAUCGCUUCUUCGCGAUUGUUUACCCUUUAUUAUCGCGACCUUACCGGACCAAGAGAAACGCGUUGAUAUUGUGUGGCUGUGUAUGGAUAGUGUCUGGUUUGUCCGUACUACCAAUCGUGAUCAAUGGUGGAUCAAGGAAUUUCUUUGAGAACUAUUCCAACCCGUCCUUCAAACCAACUGUCAUCGUUUCCACCGUCUUUAUAUACGGGUUAUCUAUUACCAUCUUCAUCGCCUGCUACUCCGCUAUCUUGAAAGUCAUUUGGCGCAACCCCAUCCAUCGACAGACCUCCGCCCGAGACCAAAGCACAACCAGCCGCAUACGGAAGCAGCGAAUUAAAAUCCUCAAGACCGUGUGCAUCAUCAUCACCAGCAAUGUCGUCAUCUAUGGCUAUUUCUUCGGCGUUAUUUUGUGGAUCGCGUGUGGCGGGCAUACACGCGUCAGUGCGCGGUUCAGCAAUGCGUUGCUGUACUCCUCAAUAUUGGUGGCUUAUCUGAACCCUUGUAUCAACCCGUGCGUGUAUGCCUUCCACCAGAUAAAGAUUAGACGUUAUCUAUCUCGAAGAAAGCUGCGAUAUGAGCAAGCAUCAUGGAACGGUCGUCCAUUACCAAGCACAAGAUCGGAGAUCAGAGCUCGGGAGGAAAGGUAUGAUAGUUUGAUCGAACGUCCGUUGCACACGAGACGUCGUACGUCAUUGUGCUGACGUAGGACCGCGUUAGCAAAUCCCGAGGCAGUCUUUGACGCACCAAGUACGUGUGGAAUUGAUCAAAUAAGAAAGCAAAAUAGAUAUCGCAUUAAAUGGCAGGGUACAUAAUUUAUGCUCGAUGAUGGUAGGAUUGCCGGUAUAAUUCUAUUCAGCCAAUCUGGGAUCGAUAUCCAUGCAGGCGCACAUCAUUGUACGAUUCCAUGCAAGCGCAGCUAGCGCCACUUAUUGACAUAGGAGAAGCCAUGCAAUGUUUCAGAUAAUAAUUGACGCAACAUGCCAUUGUACUCAAUCUGACCAACAUGCGAAGUAGUGCCUGUCAAACAAAAGGCUUUAUCUGUACGGUUCGCACGUGUCAUAGUUGCAUGAACUCUCUUCAAUUUAUGGUACAUGUAUUGUAGGAGAAGUGGUUUGACGCCUUUUUUGCAACCAGCAUUGUGUCUCACGAUGCGGCGCUUCACUGCGUGAAUCAAGGGCAUUCACUUAUCACCCAUGCAGGCAUAUAUAGACGCAAGUCAUUUCUCCUUGACGCAUGGGGUGCCAAAAUCAAGGCCUAAAUGGCGGGAGGUUUCGGAUUUGAGUUCAUUGUUCACAUGGUUGACGGAACACGUUUCAACAAAAUGUGAAGUUCGUGUCAAUAACAUUGCCCUAUUGUUCAGCUCAUUCAUUUCGAUAUAAACUAUUUAAAAAGAAACCAAUUAUUAUCGCAGUUGAGCUACACCUCUUUUUCAGUCGGUAUUACGAGCCACAAAGACAUUUCUGUGGAAUAUGUUGAAAACUUUGAUGAUGGCAAUGAAACAACUUUUAUUAUGAGAUACGAAAAUUCGACGAGAAGUCAAUAAAAACAAAACAUAGAUUUUGUUUAAAGUAACCGACAUUAACUAGAUUAAUAAUAGAUUUGACUUGAAUAAGACAUCUCAUAUCUCUCUGUGUGUC